AAAAUGGCCACUUUCCUGUGGCCAAUUGCAGCUCAAGUUAUAUAUACCACCGUUUUCUUAAUUCCAUCGGCCAUAGUUCUAUUUGAUCAGUUUUCAUUCAUUGAGUAACCAACCUUUUCAAUAGUUACCCCUUGAUUUUUUGCUGUUUCCUGUUACAUUCUGCUUUAAGUACAUCGAUCAGCAAAAUGGCCGAGUAUGAUCAGAGUAACAUCAAGGUUGGAGGAUCAGCUGUUGAGGCCACGGAUCGCGGACUCUUCAACUUGGGCAAGAAAGUGGAAGAGAAGAAGUGUGAUCAAGGACAGGCCAUCUCUGCGGAGUUUGAUGAGAAAGUGCGUGUUUCUGAACCAGACAAGGAGGAGGAAAAGAAGCAUGGUGGUCUUCUCGAGAAGCUCCACCGAUCUGGUAGCAGCUCCAGCAGCUCAAGUGAGGAAGAAGUAGAAGAGGGUGGUGAGAAGAAGAAGAAAAAGAAGGAAAAGAAGGGUUUGAAGGACAAGAUCAAGGAGAAGAUAUCGGGUGAUAAAAAGGACGAAGAAAAGGUUGAAAAAUGUGAGGAAGACACGUCUAUCCCAGUUGAGAAAUAUGACGAACCGGCCCAUGCAGAUGCUGCUCAUGAACCAGAGGAGAAAAAGGGCUUCUUAGAUAAGAUCAAGGAGAAACUACCAGGUGGUGGUCAGAAGAAGACUGAGGAAGUCGCCGCAGCAGCAGCACCGCCUCCUUCGGCAGAGUGCACCGCCACUGAAGGUGGCAAGGAUAAGAAGGGAUUCUUGGAUAAGAUCAAGGAGAAGCUUCCUGGCUACCAUCCCAAGACUGAAGAAGAAAAGGAAAAGGAAAAAGGAAAGGAGGCUGGAUGCCAUUAAUAAAAGAGCAAAGCAAAUUAAUAGCAGCUUUCCAGUGUGUCAUAAUUUUGCAUUUGGAUUAAUACAUUUUGGAGUGGCAAUGAUCUUUUUAUUUUAUUUUCUGCUUUUUGGGGGUUCAGCCGCGUACAUGUAUUCAAGUACUUUGUGUGCUUAUGUACAAAAGUGAAGUUUGUGUUUGAUGUUAAGAUUCACGUCAGUAUCGUCGAUUGUUUCUGCCCGGCGGAUUAAUGUAUCCCUUGGAUUUGAUCAAUUUCCAUACCCA